AUGUCUGGGAUGGAGCCGACAGCUAAAGGACGGACUGAGAAAAGUUUCAGCUACGUUGUCAGAGCCCCCAGCAGCGAUGGGUUUGAUAUAAUGAACGUCGAUGUGAAGAUCGACACGUCCUGGAUCUUCCAGGAUGUGGAGGAGACUGGUGAGGAGCCGGGAUGUCUUCCAGAAGAAGCAGCCAGAAGCCCAGACAUGGACACGGGAACGCUCAGGAAGCAACUGGAAUCCUCAGAACAGAAGCUGUUGGUAGCUGUGGACAAGUACGUGAUGUCAGAGUCUGGGCUGAGGAGCAGAAUUCAGGAGCUGGAGCUGUCGGAGAGGAAACUCCUCCAGAAGGUGGACCAGCUGAGCGCCCUCGUGUUCCAGGAGAGAAGUGCCUCUCUCCGGGCCCAGGAGCAGCUGGAGGCGCUGCAGGGGGAGCUCGCCAGCCAGGUUCAGGAGAAGGAGCGCGCGGCCCGGCGGCAGCGGUGGCGGCUGCGGCGGCUGCGGGAGCGGCUGCGGCGCAAGGACGAGGCGCUGGGGCUGCAGGCGGCGGCCCUGGAGCGCGGCCGGCGGCUCCAGCGGCGCCAGCUGCGACUGGUGCGCGAGCAGGAGCGCAUCCUGCGGGCGCAGGUGCAGCGGCUGGAGUUGGACGUGCGGCGCCUCUGCCACGCCGCGGGCCUCCUGCUGGCCGAACUGGACGCCCCGAACCCGGGUGGCCCCCGAACCCCGGGCCCGGCCAGUCCCCGGGGCGCUCCCGAGGAGGCCGCGGAGCCGCGCGCGCUGCCGGCCAGGGCCGAGCGCGGCGAGCGCGAGCGGGACCAGGCGGCGCGCCGGCUGCGGGAGCAGCGCGCCACCGAGCGGCUGCUCCGCGGGCAGCUGGAGGAGCUGCGCUGCUGCAUCUAUGGGCUGAAGCUGUCGGAGAUCGGCCUGCAGGGCCAGGUGGAGGAGCUCGCCCGGCAAAACAGGUGCCUGCGAGAGGAGCUGGGAGCCCAGGCCCCCCGAGAGAGAGCGCUCAGCACGGCCCCUGCUGGUCACGGUAGCCUGCCCCGUUCACCCACCCUUCAUUCCAUGCGCACAUCUACCCGCCUGGUGGUGCCCAUCCACCCCUACAGCUUCACUCACCUGUUCACCAAGCCAGCCACCUCCCCACCACCUGUCCACCUGCUCAGCCACCGUCCACCUGACGCCCUGGGCUGUGUUCAGGAUGAAUCGCCGCCCCUGCCCUGGGAGGAGGCUCCGGAUGCCUGCGGAAACCGAGGCUCUGACGGGGCCCCUGGACCAAGGGGCUCGGCAGGCCAGCUCUCCGAGGGGCCCCGCGCCUGGGACUGCAUCGGGGCUGGACAAGGCACUGCUGUCUUGAUCCCAGGCCCGGAGACCAUGGACAAGCUCCCAGGAGACCUCGCAGGAUCUGACCGUGGACAGUUUACUCCAGCUGAGCCCAGCUUGGGCGAACAGGCUCUCCUUCUCAUCUGUGGCUGCCCCCCGGGGCAGGACAUGGACGGCUCACUCCUCCCAGUGGAGCUGGCCUGGAUUUCAGAGCAGGAGCUAGCAGCCACCCUGGCCCAGGUGUCCUUCCUCCCAGUGCAGACACGCACACGCCCUCCCUGGGGGCAGGCUGGGGACUCGGCUCCCCUGCCACUACUGCAGCUGCUGCUAGAAGAUUCCCCAGAAGAACUACAAGCCCAACAGGUGCUGGAGGCCAGGCCCCCGCCCGCUUCCUCUGCUGCAGGACACCCCAGCAGGGAUCAUUGCCAGGCAAGGAGCCAUGAUGCCUCCCUCUGCCAGGAGUCCCCAUGCAUUUCAAAUCACCGAUUUCCCAGGAGAGGCCCCAAGGACCUAAACGACUCUUGCAAGGAGGGAGGAGGAACCCCAGGGCAGAGACCGGAGAUGCGGGAGGCAAGGAGGACCGGCGGCAGGAAGGAGGGCAACCUCGGUGCUCCAACACUUGCAGAGCAGGGCAGAGCCUUCAGGAGAGUUCCGGGCAAGGAGGAAGACUGCGCGUGGUCUGGAAAUGCUCCGCUUCUCCCAGAGGAAAGCCCUGAGGACAAAGGACAGGAAGAGCAGGAGGAAUUGUCGCAUCUCCAAGGGUCCAGGCCAGGCCACAGGGAUGUCCGGGAGGAGCCUGGCUCCAAGGACUGUGAAGCCAAGGAAAUGCUUUUCCUACUGCAGGAGGGAGGUUUGCCACCGUCUCCUGGAUUGGCUUUAUGGCCCGAGGGGGCCCGACCUACCAGUCACCCCCGGGCUCCGAGCAAAGGCCAUGAGGGAUCUGCGUUAAAAAUAGAGGAAUUUGAAAAGGAGAUGGAGGCUUGUUUCCAGCAACUCUCUAUCCUGAAGCCUGGGAGUGGGGGGCAUGGCCGGAAAGCUUCCUCGUUGGCAGGAGAGAACUGGAGCUUUGCUCGGAGAUGGCACAGCUGCCAGGAGGACGCGUAUCCUCAGCAGGCUUUGGCAAACCAGGAUCUGGAUAUGUGUUAUGCCAAGGAAGCAAACCCCAAGGAGCCUGAUGAAGACGUUAAGCCGGGAGAGAAUGAGGCCCUAGGAACUGGCGAAGUUCUUCCAGGGCCGGUGCUGGAUUUGGUCAACCUGAGCCCGGGCCCGCCAGAGGGGCCCUCUGAGUGGGGUCAGAACCAGCUCUCUCAGCAGCCGAGAGCCCUCGAGAGAGCGAGGACGAGGUUUCGUCAGCUCAUUUCUGGAUUGAAGACGGAGAGAAGCAAAGUUUUACGUGACAACGCCAAGCUUCAGGGAGAUCAGGAGCGAUGCCACAGAAAACUGCGUGUCCUGGAAAAAGAGAGGGAGAGAAAUGUGCAAAAAAUAUCCGCGCUCAAACAGGAUAACGGCGUGCUGUUAGGAGACAUCUCUCACGUAAAGAGGGAGCUGGACCAGUACGUGCAGGUCAUUUCUGACCUUGAAGACUGUAACAGAAAAAGUUACUGCAAAAUUUCUGAGCUCGAAGAGGAAAACGAGAGAUUGAAAGGGCACCUUGGGCAGCUCCGGAAAGCCAUGUCUGCGAGCAUCCGAAAAUCCAAAGGCAUGAUGGAGUGCAUCACCCUGGAAAACUGGGAGCUCACUGCACUGAUUUCGGAGCUUGGGGUCAGUUAUAAAGAGCUGAUAAAGGAUAUAGUGCUGGGAAUAGAAGACAUGAUCCAAGCCUUCAGGGGGGAGAAUGAACACCUACUACAAAGGAUCCAAGUCCUGGAGGGGGAAGUCGUGUGGGGGAGCAGCACAGAUGAGGGAACUUUGGUGAGAGCAGAGGAGUAUCUCCAGGGAAAAAACAUGAUGGCGGUGGACCAGGUGAACGCUGUAGAAAGGGGGGUGCAGACAGAGCUCCCCGACGGCCGUGUUCCCCGGAGCUCCCAGCCCAAGUGCAGCCUGUGGCUAGAGCACGUGCCUCUGAGGUCUCUUAGGGAGCAACUCCAGGAUCCUGAAGCUGAGGCUUCCAAGGAGGACCUCAGGCUGUGCGUCAGACAACUUCAUCACCAAGUGCUGACCCUGCAGUGCCAGCUCCGAGACCAAGGGUCUGCACACCAGGAGCUGCAGGCUUCUCGGGAUGAGGCUGCCCGUCUCCGGUGUGAGCUCAAGGAAAAGCUUGAUGCACUUCAGAAAAAGCACCAUGAAGCAAAUUUGGCUGUGACCCCUUUGAAGGCUAAGCUGGCUUCCCUGGUCCAGAAGUGUCGGGAGAGGAACCACCUGAUCACACACCUGCUCCAGGAGCUGCACAGACACGGGGUGGAGAACCACCAGCUCUCCGAGACGGCAAGCAACAUGGUGAAUGACGCGGCGCUGGCUGAGUACGCGGCCACCUUCCUGGCUCCGGGGGUCCCACAGACGAGCCAUCACCUGGACGUCGAGUCUGAGAAGACAACAGUUGUAAGAGCUCAGAAAUACCUCCUGAAUCCUGAAAUGGACAGUGUCCUCCAAAGACCUUUGCAUUCAGAGUCCUGGCGUAUUCCAGAGGCUGAGUGGCCAGCACAGACAGCUCAACUGGAUUCUUUGAAGCUUCCCUGGCCCUUGGGGCCGAUGCCCGACCCUGGAAUGUGCCAGGCAUCCAUCGCUGUGGAAGCAGGGCUCCCUGUACAACGUCUGCAAGAAAAAGGUGGAAUGUCCUGGCCUGGCCUCCAAGCUGAGCACCUCCUGCCAUCCCCCGAGCUCCUGAGCCCCGCAAGGAUCCUGGCUUUGCAUCAAGAGCUUCGACAAAGCAUCUGCAGCACUUCCCAGGUCAAUAAAUCACCGUUGGAGUUAUAA